AGUCAGACCUGUUGCACCAGGUUGCGAUCCGGAUUUUAACAGGAUCGAUAAGUAAAAUACUUCGUUCGAUCGGUAUCGAGUUAUUUCUCCUCAGAUUUUCUUCGUCUGAGUGUACCUGUAAAUAAUAAAAUUCAUAUGUAGAAUAUUUUGGAAAGAUUCGGUGAUUAAUUUUAGAACUAUUCAAAGGUGCUAUAUUAAAUUAUAAUUUUGCAAAAAUGGAUCUACCGACUGCGGAAGCUUCCCAACCAAAAGCAGUUAGGAUGUCAGGAUCUCCGGUUAUAGAGGAUGGGGAUGGGGCAGAAGUCGUGGUGGAACCCCUUUUCAGCACAUUUGAUAUAAUUCUAUUAGUAGCCCUUCUUCUUGCCGCUCUUUGGUGGGUUAUGCGAUCUAAAAGACAGGAAGCAGAAGAACAGAGCGCCGUCAAGUCGUACUCCAUUCAACCGACGUCAUUCGUUGCGACUGCGUCAUCGGAGAAUUCUUUCAUUAAGAAGCUUAAAAGUUCAGGCCGAAGUCUUGUUGUAUUUUAUGGAAGUCAAACCGGAACUGGUGAAGAAUUUGCAGGCCGCUUAGCAAAGGAGGGAAUUCGAUACAAACUAAAAGGCAUGGUUGCAGACCCCGAGGAAUGCGAAAUGGAAGAAUUGGUGAAUCUUAAAAACAUUCCCAGCAGCCUCGCUGUUUUCUGCUUGGCGACUUACGGUGAGGGUGAUCCAACCGACAACGCAAUGGAAUUCGUUGAAUGGCUUAAAAAUGGUGACGCUGACCUCAGCGGUCUAAAUUAUGCGGUGUUUGGUCUUGGAAAUAAAACCUAUGAGCAUUAUAACGAAGUUGCUAUUUAUGUCGACCAUCGGCUAGAACAACUGGGAGCCACUCGAGUCUUUGAACUUGGACUUGGAGACGAUGAUGCUAAUAUUGAGGACGAUUUCAUAACGUGGAAAGAUAAAUUCUGGCCAGCAGUUUGCCAAUUUUUUGGUAUUGUAGGCGCAGGUGAAGACGUCAGUAUACGUCAAUACAAAUUGAGUGAGCAUGUGGAUUUGAAACCGGAACGUAUUUAUUCUGGCGAAAUUGCGCGCCUCCAUUCCUACCAGAACCAAAGACCUCCUUUUGAUGCUAAAAAUCCAUACUUGGCACCAGUGAAAGUGAACCGUGAGUUACAUGGUCCAAAAUCAGAACGAUCGUGUAUGCAUAUAGAAUUUGACAUAGAUGGAUCUAAGAUGCGCUACGAGGCUGGAGAUCAUUUGGCAGUUUAUCCAGUAAAUGAUUCAAGCUUGGUAGAAAAGAUUGGUGUAGAAUGCGGUGCCGAUUUAGACACUGUGAUCACUCUCACUAACACCGAUGAGGAAUCAAGCAAAAAACAUCCGUUCCCUUGCCCUUGUUCAUACCGUACAGCUCUCACACAUUACUUGGAUAUUACUAGCAACCCAAGAACGCACGUUGUCAAAGAAUUAGCUGAAUAUGCCAGCGACCCAGCUGACAAAGAAAAACUGAAACUGAUGGCCUCCACUAGUGUAGAGGGCAAGGCACUAUAUAAUCAAUGGAUCAUUCAAGCUAAUAGAAAUAUCGUCCACAUACUCGAGGACAUUCCAAGCUUGAAACCAGCUUUGGAUCAUCUUUGUGAAUUGCUACCACGACUUCAAUGCCGUUAUUAUUCGAUCUCUUCUUCCCCCAAGUUGCACCCAACAACAGUCCACAUUACAGCUGUUGUAGUUGAAUACAAGACAUCAACGGGACGAACCAACAAAGGUGUUACAACAAACUGGCUGAAACAAAAACACCCUUCAAAUCCUCCAGCUCUGGUUCCUAUUUUCGUUCGGAAAUCGCAAUUCAGGCUACCUACUCGUUCGUCGACGCCUAUCAUCAUGAUUGGCCCUGGAACAGGAUUAGCACCUUUCCGAGGAUUCAUACAGGAACGGGAUCAAGCCAGAAAAGAAGGCAAGGAGGUUGGAGAUACUAUUCUUUACUUUGGAUGCCGUAGGCGUGAGGAAGAUUACCUUUACAGAGAAGAACUAGAGGAGUACGUGAAAAGUGGUACUAUAAAACUACAUGCUGCCUUCAGUAGAGAUCAAGAACAAAAAGAAUAUGUGACCCAUCUAUUAGAGCGCAACCAGGAAGAAUUAUGGGCGGUAAUUGGAGAGAAGAACGGUCACAUAUACAUUUGCGGAGAUGCACGUAACAUGGCAAGGGAUGUCCACAAUAUUCUCGUCAAGGUUGUUAUGGAGAAGGGUAAGAUGACUGAAAUGGAAGCAACAGCUUACAUAAAGAAGAUGGAUUCGCAGAAACGUUACUCAAGCGACGUAUGGAGUUGAAUAAUCAUGACAUUGGUUAAUACAAUGAAAUGCACAUAUCGACGUAAUUUUGAAUUAAAUUCUCGCUGUCUCAAGUGUGCAAGAUAUUUGGUCGGUACUCAGUCAACGAAGAACAGUCGUUUUAUUUUCAUUUUAUUAAUAUUUCUUAUAAAAUAGUUAGUUCACGAACGAGAUGGUUUCACAGCUGGCUGAGAUAAACCAUUACUAGCAUAUUACACAAUACUAUCGAAGGCUCAACCAUGAAGGGUGCAAUCCACAGAAACCUACGGAUGCUGCUGUAAAGUCGUAUCCAACAAAAGUGAGUGAAGAAAAAAUAUCAAAAUCACGGUUUGGAUAAAAUGUGAUGCAAAAAGAACUUUUGCAAUAUUUUACCUUUUUUUUUUUCAGUGUCGAUACGCCCUUUCGGCAAAUGACUCUGUAAUUUUAUCAACACCAAAAUGAGUAUGAAAAUUGAAAUAAUGUACAAAAGGUUUUGUCGCAUCACAUCUCAUCCUCUCAUCUCUCAUGAUUAUAUAUAUACAUAUACGUAUAUUUAUAAACUUUUUUUUGUCGAGUCACUUUUGUGGGAUAUGUUUUUAUAUCAGAAAAUUGAUUUAAAAGUCCAGACGCUGAGAAUCACAUCCUUUUUGGCUCUUGGCUUUCAAUAUGUAUGAUUGCGUACAAAUGGGUCUUACCAGAAAAACACAUCUUCUCCACCGAAUUAGCUUACAUUCAAACUGUUAUGAUCAUAUUCAGAAAAAAAAAAUCACGUGCGAAGCGGCUCCAGCUAUAUCUUUGAAUCAUUUCAAAUGAUGAAUCAAUUUUUCUCGGAAUCACGAACAUUUAGCCUGCUAAAAAAAAAUAAUGUGUAUAUAAUAAUAAGUAAUAUGAAUAUACAUAAGUUUUUAAGGAUAUUGAUUCAAAUCAUUAUUGAUUGUGAUAUAUCUGUGUAUGCCAUUUUUAGUUCCAUCAUGAUUGUCAUGUUUUAGAUCGCAUAUUUAAACACGCCUAUGUCUGCGCGUGUUGGCUUAUAUGUUACAUUGCAAUUAUGCAUAAAAUUACCUAAUAUCUUUUUAUUUCAUGUUACAUGUGAAUGCUAGAUGAAUAUUAGGUCUGUCCUAUCCAAAGUUCGAACUCUGAAUCGAUUUGACAGACCAGAUUGAAUAAAUUAUUCAUAUUGUUGCAAAGUUUAUAAAUAAUAUACGUAGCAAUGAAUUACGUGACAAGUCGCAUUAUUAUGUGGAACACGUGAAUGGUACUAAUAGUAAGAAAUAGCUGAUUUGUUAUAUGAAUGUAGCAGUUAUUCUAGUUUUACAACAAUAAAUACAGGGAAGGUAUUUAUAGUUUGUCGCAUUUUACACGGACGUGAUGUGCAAGUAUUUCGAAAUCAUAGGAUCGUGAUACGCAUUGAUGCAUUAUUAUAAAAUAAAAAUGUAAUAAAACUCUAAAAUUCUUCACUUA